CAAAACUCGUCGCCUCAGUGGCGAUUAUACCGCAUCUACAGAUUCCUUUCCUUCCCUCCCGGCUGCCCAAUUGAGCUCCUAUCGUGAUGACCUCCAUCGCAUCCAUAUCAUGGUCCAACGCGCAGCCUCGUCAUCCUCGGCCUUGCCCCGCUUCUUACUAAGUCUUUCAGCCUCCUCCACUACAUCGCAGCAGCCUCACGGCCCGCCAUCGUCGCUGCCACCGCCCGAUUCUGCCCGUCAAAGCACCAGCCAAGACAGCAUCGAGCUGGUGGCCGUCCGGCAUCAUUCGUGGAGCAACAGCAAUCACAAUAAUAAUCCUCCGGCUGCGGCGCCCCGUAUCAGCAGGCAUAAGCGAGCCUCUCCAUCACUGCCAGUUGUGGUGCCGUCAUCGGCCUCCAUCGCCAAGGAGAACACUGCGCCUUUGGAAGGGGACAAGGAUCUGGGCUUCAGAGGGAGGAGCCGUAGCAGCACGACUAGCUUGGCGUGCUCGACGAGCUCGACGACCGAUUCGCUGGGCAAGGGAAUGACCGUAGCUGAGCGCCAGAACAAGGCCAACCAAGUCUGGAGAGGCUACUGGUGACAGCUCUUUUAACAGAAAGACCAAGAGAGAAGAGAGAAAAGAAGAAACAUCUUCAAGAUGGCAUCAAAAAUUCCUUUAACCAAGCAACAAAAGUGGAGGGGCGGCGUCUGGGCCGUGGCCUUUGCCGCUGUCAUCAUGGUCGGAACACUGACCGGCGCCCAGCUCAAGUCGGACAAGCAAAAAGAAGAAGCAAUCCGGGAAUUUCGCGAGAUUACUCCCUCGGAGCAAAUUGCCAUGCUCGAGAGGCAGCGAUCU